AUGCUUACAUCUCGUUCUCGUCUCUCUGCAGCCGUGGUCAGUCAGUGGCAGCAGGAGCCGAAGGAGAAGGCCGUGUCGCUCCUGCUCUCCCAUCUGCCCCUGCUGCAGCCGCGCAACAGCGAAGCUAAGUGUGAAUACAUGAAGCUGCUGCAGAAGGUCCUGAGCCACAGCAUCGAGAGCAGCCUGUUCGUGGAGGAGAGCCGCCAGCUGCUGUCCUACGCACUCAUCCAUCCCGCCCCCCCCCUUGACGACCGCAACUCUCUGGCCCUGUGGCUCAGUCACCUGGAGGAGCACCUGUCCUCGCGGCCGGCCCCGCUCCAUCACGCCCGGCAGGGCUCCGACGAGUGGGCCCUGGAGCCGGCGUACGGACAGAACGGACACGUGGCGUUCCCUGGACCGGGCGGAGUGACCUCACCUGUCAGCAGCAGCACAGGACUGGCUGGUCAGGUGCAGCCGAGCUCAAUGAAGCCCUCCAUGUCUCUCACACCCGCCAAUCAGCCGGCCUGCAGCUCUGAUUGGCUGAGCCAGGAGGAGGGGGGCGUGUCCGGAGUAGAACACGCCCCUCUGUCGCCGCAGAGCAGCGUGGCUUCAUCAGGCAGCGAACAGACGGAGGAGCAGAGCAACACACGCAACACUUUCCAGGAGGACGGCAGCGGGAUGAGAGACGUACCGUCCUGGCUGAAGAGUCUCCGUCUGCAUAAAUAUGCGUCGCUCUUUUGUCAGAUGACGUAUGAAGAAAUGAUGAUUCUCACAGAGAAGCACCUGGAGUCGCAGAACGUGACAAAAGGAGCUCGACAUAAGAUCGCUCUGAGCAUACAGAAGCUCAGAGAACGACAGAGCGUCCUCAAAUCUCUUGAAAAGGAUAUUCUGGAAGGCGGGAACGUUCGGAAUGCUUUACAAGAGCUUCAGCAGAUCAUCAUCACGCCAAUCAAAGUCUAUGCCCCGCCCACUGCCUCCCAUAAGGAGGUGGAGCCUGGAGUCACACCUGUCGAUAAAGCAGCCAAUCCCGGUGAAGAGAAGGAGAGCGAGGGCCUCCAGACCCACAAUCCUCCAGCGUGUGACGGAGAAUCACCGUCUGCACCCAUCGGUGACGGAGACAUCGCAGGACAUUUCACGCGUGUGAUGGGGAAAGUUUGUACGCAGCUGCUGGUGUCCAGACCGGACGAGGAGAACAUCAGCUGUUACCUGCAGCUCAUAGAGAAAUGCCUGACCCACGAGGCGUUUACAGAGACGCAGAGGAAGCGGCUGUUGUCAUGGAAACAGCAGGUUCUGAAGUUGCUCCGCCUCUUCCCGCGGAAGACCGUGAUGGACAGCGGCGUGUACCGGAGAGGCUGGCAGCAGUACGGAUCCAACUCUCUGCCCACAGCUGGAUCUGUGAGCGCAGGUUUGGGCCGCCGGGGCCAGAGGCCCUUCCAGAUGCCCCCGCGAGGAGCUCCUCCAGCCGGACGCAUGGGGCUGAUGAGCAGCGGUCUGACCGGAGUAUCACCGCGACACACGCUCGCUAACCCCCCCGCCGUCAGCACACAGGGCCGACAGAAUCUGUGGUUUGGGAAUCCUGGAGGCAGUAACAGCAUGCCGAGCCAGAGCAGAAGUUCAGUGCAGAGAACUCAUUCACUUCCAGUUCACACGUCUCCUCAGACCAUGCUCCUGUUCCAGCAACAAGAAUGCCAAGUUCCGGGGACGGAUCUGGAGAUCAACCCCACGCUGGAGUCUCUGUGCCUCAGCAUGACAGAGCACGCCUUAGGGGACGGAAUGGACAGAACGUCGACCAUAUGAGAACUGGACCUGAACGAACACUGCGCUCCAGCACACACACGCAAACAACACCGUCACUACAGACCACACACGACUAACUGUGUAUACCUUCUCUAAUAUUUUUCUACUUUAUUGUACUUAAAUAAGUUUAUUAUAAAGGAAAUACAGAAACUAUUAUAUCGCGAAGGGAGAGCAGGUCGAGGAAUGAUGGUGCUUCUGGUCUGAGUAGCCGCUCGUUUACAUCACUUCCUGCAUGACCUCUCACCCCCACGACGGACUUCCUCCUGUGCUUUUCUGUGUUGGGACGGCAGGUUUAAAGCGGAGAGUUCAGGCGUCCCUGUGUUUAUCUGUUAUGAUGCGUUCUUAUUUCUGUCCAGGUACAUGCGGUUUCUUAGCACUUAUCCGUGAGAUGUUUACCAGUCGUCACUACAGCCGUGAGCGUGUCCUGAGUUUGUAAAUACGCAGGUAUAGGCAAAUCAGAAUAUGACCCGAGAGACUUUAUCCAAAUGAUUUUUAUACGCAGAUCUAUGAAGUAAAGACGCGAGAUCGAGCUGUGCUCGUCUGUUGCUCCGCCCCUCCGUGACUGACAGGGACGUCAGCCAAUGACAGACUCCGCCUCCUACCGACUGAUGCAAAAACCCACCAGUCAGAUUCCAUUUCAUCAUCGUCAUCUUUUGAGUUCCUCCUGUCUUCACAGAUUCGACCGAUCGCAGCGGUGCUUCUAAAUGUCAGAUCUCUGUUCAUUCAUUUGUGGUGUGUUUUCUGUUCGAAUGGUACAGUCUGAAAACCCCGUUCAGCCUUACGGAGCAUCAGAGCGCUGUGUGUGUGUGUGUGUGUGUGUGUGUGUGUGUGUGUGUGUGUGUGUGUGUUUUAUACGUCUCAGACGCUGGUCUAUGUCUAGUAAAACUGUAUUGACUGAAAAACAGGCUUGUUUGCUUUAUUUGUGUAAUGAUGUGGUCUGUUUGUAGAGCUGAAUCGCAUGCAGCCGCUCAAGAACACCCACAUCACUCGAAAAUCCUAAAAAAAAUUGUUUUUCAUAAAGAAAAUGAAGCCUGUUUUCUAUGGAAACUCAAUUCUGCCGUGGCAUAAAAAAGUAAUUGCAACUUUUUAUCUCACAAUUCUGACUUUUCUCAAAUUUGUAUCUUGCAAUCCUGACUUUUUUUCUCAGAAUCGCAAGAUAAAAAUGAGAAUUGCGGUACAUGAACUCAGAAUCGCUUGUAAUUCUAAAUAUAAACUCACAAUUCUUUUUU